AUGUCCGAUACUGAGACCGUCCCAACGGAAGAGACUGCGGAAGUUAUGGAAGAUCGUGAAGAGACAGAGCAUGAAAAUGGUACCACAUGCCCUUUUACAAAUGACGAAGUACGAACAGUGUUCUCUGAUCCAGCGAACUUCAACGUGAAACAUCCACUAUUUAAUAGCUGGACGUUAUGGUUUGACAAUCCAGGAAAAAAGGCAAAUACAGCAAGUUGGUCUCAGAACUUGAAAGAACUGAUCACUUUCGAUUCCGUUGAGGAAUUUUGGGGAGUGUACAAUAAUAUUGUCAAGGCUAGUGAGCUGUCUGCUGGUUCCAAUUAUCACCUUUUCAAAAAAGGAAUAAAACCAAUGUGGGAGGAUCCGGCAAAUGAACAGGGUGGUAAAUGGGUUAUUCAAUUUCCUCGAAAUAAAACUGGUGAAGAGAUCAAUACACUCUGGCUGUAUACGAUGCUCGCAUGUAUAGGAGAAGCCUUCGAAUAUACAGAUGAGAAAUCUGCGAAUCUCUGGGGUAUGUGUAUAUUCAUGAAUUUAAUGUCCAAAAUCGCUGCAUUGAUUACAAAUUUCUGUACUCAACCUUUUCAUGUCUUUACAUUUGUAUCGGUUAGACGUCAAUUGAAACAAACUUUAAAUUUAAACCCAUCUCAACAACUUGAAUUUCAACCUCAUUCUGAUUCUAUUAAGAGUGGUAGUCAUAGCAAAGAAC